AUGAAGAUCACUCCCUUGUUCUCCACUCUCUUGGCCACAUCUGUUGUCCUUGGAACCUCUGCUGCUGAAACCUUUGCUAUUCGUGGAGCCAAUGACAAAGGAGAAGAUCAUCGCAAGCUUGUUUCCUUUGAUACCAUUCUUUCGCUCUUCACCCCUGUCCUUGAUGUUGUUGUUCGUGGUGCCUUGGGUGCCAGCUUGGACCCCUUGAGCCUCUCCUUGAGUGGCUCACAAGAUAUUAACACUGUGGUUUUUAGUGAAAGUUGCACUGCUGCAGCUACUGUGACCUACAACAUUGGUGACUUGACAGGACUUGGUAACUUUGUCAUUGAAAAUAUGGCCAUUGUGGAUGGAAGUGCCAACAUUGAUGUGUCCUUCUUUCGUGGCACUACAUGGGAUGCUACCUUCAAUGUGGAGGGUCACUUGCCUGAAGGUCUUGAAGCCAUUGUAGAUGCUGAGAUCACUGCAGAUGCUUGUGGUGUCCCAUUCCAGCAGUCUGCCUCAGGAUUGUUGGAUGCAGUGGAUGCCCGUGUCAACUUUUCCGUUGGUACAUCUGGAUCCAUUCCUGGCUUCUUUGGCUCUCCUUCUGUCUCUGGGGCAACCUUUGCAGAUGUGGAUGUGACCUUGGGUGGAAUUGAGACAAGCAUUGACUUUGAUGGAGUGGAGGUGGAUCUCACCACCAGUGGAUCAGAAGGGGCAAUCAUUGAUGCCAUCAUUGGAGCAAUUGUUGGCCCCUUUGCUGACAUUCUCAAUGGUGCCUUGGGUGGAGGCUUCAGCUUGUAA